UUGCAGCCGAUCAGCCGAUCUUUUCUCGCUGCACUCAUCGGAGUUCAGUUCGAGAUAUCGGACAACAUAUAGAACUUAUCCUGAUUUCGGUUUUUCCCAGAAUUCAUGAUGGGAAGGCAAUGAAGUUCCAGUGGGCUGUCCAGAUCGUGUUUAUACUAUCCGUUGUUUAGAAAUAAUGACAGAACGCGCUACAAAAUCUGGUUUAGCAUUAGAGGCUCAGCGUAAAAUACAAGGAAAAUAUGAUAGCGAAUUGGCUGAACAACUUCUUGAGUGGGUUGCCCAACUCACCGAGAAAAAUUUUUCAACUAGUGGUGAUGUUACGAAUUUUUUGGAAGUCUUCAGAGAUGGCACGGUGUUGUGCAGCCUUGCAAAUGCCUUACAACCUGGUUCAGUGAAGAAGAUUAACGCUAGUUCAAUGGCUUUCAAACAAAUGGAAAAUAUUUCAUUCUUUUUAUCGUUCGUCGAAAAGCAUGUCACUAAGUCAGAACUUUUCCAAACAGUUGAUCUUUUCGAGGGUCAGGAUCUAAACGCGGUCAUUGUUUGCCUUUCAUCAUUGGCCAGAAAAUCUGAGGAGUUGUUUGGAAAACCUGGCUUAGGCCCAAAGUGCGAAGUGCAUUUGCAGAUUCACUGCAUUGAAGCACUUCUUUUACAUAGUUCCAAAUCAGAGGCGAAAGGACAGAAACGUGAAUGGUCGGAGGAAAAGCUUCGUGCCGGUGAAACAAUUAUUGGACUUCAAAUGGGCACAAACAAAGGUGCGAAUGCAUCCGGUAUUAAUAUGGGUAAUACGCGUCAUAUGUAA